CACGCACGCACACACAGGCGACGUCCUGGGCGAAGGAUGAUGGCCGGGGCGUGUGACCCUGCCACGGCUCUGCUGGUGGUGCAUCACUCCCCCCCCCCGAAAAAAAGGCCACCCUUGUUGCUGUGGCGUGCGUGCCUGCCCAGCCCUAAGGAGCCCCCUCCUUCCUCAUCAUCCUUCAGCCAAUGGGGUUUGUGCAAGGCAGCCCGGGGAGGGUGAUGCUGGGGCUGCUUUGCAGGAGUUAAAGAGCCCCCGAAGACGUCUCUUUUCCUCUAACUGAUCGAUCGGCCACCCGUCCGCCCACCUGCCUGCCGAGGGGCCCACCCACCUUCCCUUUCGUGCUCCUGGUUCCUCCCGAACCGUCGACUCUGGACCUCCGCCAUGUCUAUCAUGGACCACAGCCCGACCACCGGGGUGGUGACGGUCAUCGUCAUCCUGAUCGCCAUCGCAGCACUGGGGGCCCUGAUCCUGGGCUGCUGGUGUUACUUGCGCUUGCAGCGGAUCAGCCAGUCGGAGGACGAGGAGAGCAUUGUGGGCGAAGGGGAGACGAAGGAGCCCUUCCUCCUGGUCCAGUACUCCGCCCGGGGGCCUUGCAUGGAGAGGAAGGCCAAGCUGGCUCCCAGCGGCGGCACCGAGGCCCACAGCUAACCGGCCGGCCUCGUCGGGGUCAGGGCUGGCCGGCCGGCUGGAGCCAAGAGGGGACAAGGCAGGGCUGGGCUGCCCUGUCUGGCCAGCCCGGCGUUAAAAGGCGACAUGGCUGCUUCUUGGAGAUGUGCACAGACUGAGGGUGGCAUUCCGCGCAUCGCUCCGACACCUGGUUCUCCUCGGGACAGAGUCCAUUGCCGGCGAUGGAUGCACGAGAGACGGGCGCCGGCUGGUUACUUGAAUUAUUCCUCUGAGCCUUUCUGGAAUUGAGCUGCUGACGUAAUGUGAACCUGCACAACUGUGAACUCUUGUGUACAUAGGGCUCUGUGUGUGUGUGUGUAUGCACACUGUUCCCCAGCAUACGGGAACAGGGGGAAUGUGCCCUGGCAUUAAAGCAAUGAUGCUCUUGGCUAGGGAGACGCAUGACCGCACAUGGGAGGUUCUCCAAAGCCAAACCAAGGGAGCGAAGGGCAGGGGAGGGGGCUUCUAGGCUGCUUCUCUGCAAAACGGGGCGGGGGGUUUGUUUGUAAAUUUUUUAGUAUUAGCCACUGUGGUAAAGGGGAAGGGGAGGGUGUGUUUUGGGUAGGAGGCACCCUCCUGCAGCUGCUCGGAAAUCGUAACCUUCCUGCGUUGUGGUUUCUUUUAGGGGUGUGUGUUCAAAGCAGGGAGCAUUAGAAGUGGAGGGAAAGAACGGGGGCUGUGAGCCAGGAUUGUGACACAAGAGCAUGUUUUGCUGGCAUCGAUCAAGGUGGGGAAAAUCCUCCCCCCCCCGGGCCCAAUUUCUGGCCAAGUCAGAAGGAGCGGCUGGUGAUGGCUCUGCUGACGUUUGGGCGCACGGCCGGAAGGCCGCUCGGGAUCCUUGGCCGAGGGUGGCAGGGCAGACCCUCUGGGGGGGUUUGCAGCCCGCCCGCCCACCUGCGAGCGGAAGGAAGGAAGGAGCCGCUUCCCCGCCUCCCCCUUCGAUGCUGGCGUUUCGUGUCCCCUCGUCCCUCACUUCACACCGAUCGGUGCACUGAUGUUUACACGCCUUCCUGGCUGUCUGGAUCCCUGUAAGCGGGUCCUUGUUUUGCCACUUGAUUUUUCUUUGGCUCCGCUGUGUGUAACUUGUGUGUUUUGUAGACGACCGCCGUUGGGGUUUUAAUAGGGCUUCUGUAAAUAAUUAAAAGGGCAGGAGGGGCA